AUGGCUGUCUUUUCGCGGGUGGCCGUACCAUUCGUUUCGGCGCUUUUCACUCUCACUUCUGCUGCUUAUUCCUCGGGCAAUGCUACUAAUGUCACUGAGUAUGACUACGUAAUCGUUGGCGGAGGCAUCACCGGUCUGGUCGUGGCGAAUCGAUUGUCCGAAAACAAGAACAAAACCAUCUUGGUUAUCGAGGCUGGUGAGAACAUAGACACCCAGGGAAAUACGAUACCGUACAAGGCAAACGACAUCGCAGCUGCUGCACCACUGAAAUGGACCGGUUUUACGACCCAACCCGAGGCUCAGCUUGGCGACAAGACCUAUAAUGUCAAUGUGGGUAAAGUUCUCGGCGGCGGUUCCGUUAUCAAUGGCAUGGUCUAUGAUAGGGGUAAUGCGGCUGACUACGACGCCUGGGAGGCGCUCGGUAACGAGGGUUGGGGAUGGGCUGGUAUGGAGCCCUACUUCAUCAAGGGUACGACCUUCCAGCCGCCUUCAGCAGAGGUGGCGGAAGCCUUCAACAUCACCUGGGAUCCAGAUACGUACGGCAACGGGCCUUUGAGCGUCAGUAUCACUGACACCCAAUAUGCUGAUAUCAACGAGUACUGGGCGGCUUGGAAGGCCUCCGGUGUCAGCGUUCCUGUCGACGGUAACUCUGGCGCUGUUGGUCCGUCAUGGUUUGGAAACACGAUGGACAAGAGGACUGGUCGCCGGGCUCACGCUCGUUACGCUUACUACGACCCUAUCGUCAACCGCACCAACCUCCACGUCAUGACAAAGACCACAGCACAGAAAAUCGUAUGGGACAAGGCCCAGGAAACCAUGGCGCGAGGUGUCGAGAUCCAGGACGCGAACAACAAGACAUCCGUUGUAUUCGCGAAGAAGGAGGUCAUCCUGGCAGCGGGUGCGGUUCAAACACCUAAGCUGCUGCAGAUCAGCGGGGUUGGUCCCAGGUCGGUUCUCGACGCAGCCGGUGUCCACGUGAGGUACGCGAACGAUGGCGUUGGCUCGAACUUCCAGGACCAUCCUUACGGAACCAUUGUCUUCAACACCACAUCGAAGGCAUUCCCUAAUGUGAACUCGCUUACGACCAAUGCCACUUUUAACGCUUCCGCCUGGGAAGAGUAUGUGGAGCACAAGACUGGGCCGUACACCUACGCGCGCGGUAACGCCCUGGCUUUCAUCUCCCUCCCGGACAUGACCUCUGAGGUUGACGCACUCGUCGCGAGCCUGAGCAACCAGUCCGCUGCCUCAUACCUGCCUAACAUUUACCGCAACAGCACCAAGUUGCUGAAGGGAUUCGCUGCUCAGCGAGAGGUCAUUGCCGGCUUGUUCAAGCGCAGGGAUGCUGCCGUGGCUGAGUUCCCAGUUCCUCCGGAUGGUGCUUACGGGCUCGUCGGUAUCGAGAAGCCCCUUUCGCGUGGUAUCAUUCACCUCAAUGCUUCGAACCCGACCGGACCUCCCACCAUCCAGUUCAACGCCUUCAUGAACCCUGUUGACAAGAAGAUCCUCGGAAUUGGUACGCGUUUCUUCCGCAGUGUGUGGAACCGCCCUGAACUUUCGGAACUCGUCCAUGGCGAGACGAUUCCUGGCGCCAACUACACCUCUGAUGAGGAGAUCUUCUCAGCUCUGUUGGCGAAAGCCUCGGUAGCACCAACAUUGUCGCACCCCUCAGCUUCGUGCCCCAUGAUGCCGGAGGAGAAUGGUGGUUGCGUCGACAGCACUUUGAUGGUGUACGGAACACAGCACCUUUCCAUCAUCGAUGCUUCCAUCAUCCCCAUUAUUCCUUCCUGCCACUUGCAAGCUACAAUGUAUGGUGUUGGUGAGAAGGCUGCGGAUGUGAUCAAGGCGAGGCAGUAG